AUGCCUUCGCAGGACAGGAAGAUUGAAGCGUAUCUUGAUUGCGGUAAUUUGCCUAACUCGAUCUUGACCGACACUUUGGGAGCUUACGCCAUUCCAGUUUCACCUUACAGUUUCUACGCGUUUUCCUAUCUUCGCGAGAAUAGACCCGCACUUAGAACACAAGGCGUGGAAGUCGAAUUCAUUCCCGUGUUUCUGGGUGGGAUUAACGUCGGUAGCGGAAACAAGCCGCCAUGGACUCUUCCGGCCAAGGCCAGCUAUUCUAUGUACGACAAUAACCGAGCUCAAAAGUAUUUCAAACUCAACUUUGAGACUCCGGGUUUCUUUCCGAUCCUCUCAUUACUACCUCAACGGUGCCUUACAUAUCUCAAGAUGAAGCGCCCCAAGAAACUCGAAGAUCUGUUCCAGUCAUGCUUUGAGACCUUGUGGCUUGAGCAUCUCGACUUGGCAAAACAGGAGCACAUGCUGACUGCGCUCCUCAAGGUGUUCAGCAAACAAGAGGCGGAGGAAAUCCUGGACGCCGCACAAACAGCAGAGAUCAAGCAAGCCUUGAACGACGUGACCAAGCAUGCUGUUGAAGACCUUGGCGCGUUUGGAUGCCCGUGGUUCUGGGUGCACGAUGGCAAGGGGAAUGCGGAACCAUUCUUUGGAAGUGAUAGGUUUCACUAUAUGUGGGAUUAUUUGAACAUCCCACACAGAAAUUUGGAGAUUCGGGGUCCAGUCUUUGGAAAGUUGUAG